AAGACUAGCUGUUGCAUGCAUGGGUUUCGUUUCUAUCCCCCCUCCAAAAUUACGAGACAGAUCCCGUUGACGUCACGUCCUCUGUUACCUAUAGCUAUCUGUAUGUGUAUUCCCUCGCAACUUGAUAGGUUGAACAGGGAAUGCGGCUUGAGAAAUUCCGGUUGGAAGUUGGGCUGAACAGCACGGGUUCUCAUCAUCAGCGAAGCGACAAGCCUGCCGGCGUGGCAGUUUCGAAGGAGGCUGUGAAGCAACAGGAAUAUGGAUUCGAAUUCCUGGACAUCGGUUGUAGCCUGUAGCCCACUAUAGCAGCAAACCGACCAUCUCCAGUGCCAGAUAGUGAUGAAAAAACUCAUCUUAACUUUCCUUAAGAAGACCACCUUCUCUUGUGGUCGAAUUUUGCAAUCUUGCCUCCACUCUUUGCCCACCCUUCCAACCCAAUGCUCAGGGGAGAUAUGGAGUAUCACAGGUGACUGGAGCCCAACAGGGACAUUUUAGGAUUGUGAACUGGAGAUAUCGCAUUGAGGAAAGGAUGAUGUAUGGUCGCUACACACAGGAGCUGGGGGUGUAUGCUAAAGAAGAGGCAUCUCGCCUGAGGGAAGAGGGGGGGCGGAGACGCUCGGUCACAGAACGCUCACGCUCCCUGGAACUCCUUGAGUACGACAAGGGCCGCUGCGCCAAGUGUCGCAGGUCAGGGUAUCCCUACACUCAGGCUCCACCCCGGGACUUUCUGUCUGUCUGUACGUUGCGCUGUCAGAAGUUCCUCAUCUCUCGUGUUGGUGAAGACUGGAUCUUCCUCAUCCUCCUCGGUCUACUCAUGGCUCUGGUCAGCUGGGUAGUCGACUUCGCAAUCGCCAUCUGUCUACAAGCACAGAAGUGGAUGUACGGAGGCUUGGAGAGUAAUGUGUUUCUCCAAUACCUGGCCUGGGUCACCUACCCUGUGGUGCUCAUCACCUUCUCAGCUGGCUUCACACAGAUACUGGCCCCACAGGCCGUAGGUUCAGGUAUCCCAGAGAUGAAGACCAUUCUGAGGGGUGUAGUGCUGAAAGAAUACCUCACCUUUAAAACUUUUGUGGCCAAAGUGAUCGGCCUCACCUGUGCCCUGGGCAGUGGCAUGCCUCUGGGAAAGGAGGGUCCGUUUGUUCACAUUGCCAGUCUGUGUGCUGCACUCCUCAGCAAGUUCAUGUCUCUGUUUGGUGGAAUCUACGAGGAGCCAAGCCUCAUAGGAAACAAGAAUGAGUCGAGGAACAUUGAGAUGUUGGCAGCUGCUUGUGCUGUGGGGGUCGGCUGCUGUUUCGCUGCCCCUAUUGGAGGUGUGCUGUUCAGUAUUGAGGUAACAUCUACGUUCUUUGCGGUGAGGAAUUACUGGAGAGGGUUCUUCGCUGCUACCUUCAGUGCCUUCAUCUUCAGAGUCCUGGCUGUGUGGAAUAAAGACGAGGAAACCAUCACAGCUCUGUUUAAAACCCGUUUUCGUCUGGACUUCCCAUUUGACCUCCAGGAGCUCCCAGCCUUCGCUGUCAUUGGUAUUGCCAGUGGUUUUGGCGGGGCGUUGUUUGUCUACCUGAACAGACUGAUAGUCCAGUUCAUCAGGAAACAGAAGACCAUCAACAAGUUCCUCAUGAAGAAGCGUCUGCUGUACCCAGCCCUGGUCACUCUGCUGGUGUCUACACUAACCUUUCCCCCCGGCUUCGGACAGUUCAUGGCAGGCAAGCUGACCCAGAAGGAGUCCCUGGUGACGUUGCUAGACAACCGGACAUGGGCCAAGCAGGGCAUAGCCGAGGGGUUUGACUACAUCGGCAACUCCCAGGCCUGGAAUCACCCCCAGGUCAAUGUCUUUGUCACCCUCGUCCUCUUCAUCGUAAUGAAGUUCUGGAUGUCUGCUCUGGCCACCACCAUUCCUGUGCCAUGUGGAGCCUUCAUGCCCGUCUUCGUCAUUGGGGCAGCGUUUGGCCGUCUGGUCGGGGAGAGCAUGGCCGCCUGGUUCCCUGAUGGCAUCCACUCUGAUGGCACCAUCUACCCCAUAGUGCCAGGAGGGUACGCCGUUGUGGGUGCGGCAGCCCUGUCUGGAGCGGUGACCCACACGGUGUCGACAGCGGUCAUUGUGUUUGAGCUGACGGGUCAGAUCAGCCACAUCCUGCCGGUGAUGAUAGCGGUAAUACUGGCCAACGCCGUGGCCCAGUCCCUCCAGCCCUCGCUAUAUGACUCCAUCAUCAGGAUCAAGAAACUACCCUACCUCCCUGAGCUGGGCUGGGGACACCACGAGAAGUAUAAUAUUCGUGUGGAAGACAUCAUGAUCAGGGAUGUGACCUACAUCACCCUCAACUGCUGCUACAGAGACCUGCAUGAUGUACUGCUGGCUGGACACCUAAAGACCCUGGCCCUGCUCGAGUCCAGUGAGUCGAUGAUCCUGCUGGGUUCUAUUGAGCGUGCCCAGCUCCAGGCCCUCCUGUCCCUACAGCUGGGCCGGCCACGGAGGCUGGAGUACCUGAGAGACCGAGCUACUGCUGAGAAGAAGCGCCUGUCGAUGGUCUCCCAUCCGGGCAGCGAGGACGGCUCCCAGAGGGUUAACCAGGAGGUCCGGUUCCAGAUCUCAACAGAGGAGUCUACCUUCAGUCCCACCCCUACCCCCUCUAUGAAGCCCCUGAAGCCGGCCCUGAAGAGACCCUCUGUGGUGGACCGCCCCACUGGGAUACCCAUACCCACAAGUCCACAGGACCACUCUAGCAGCACCUUAAAGAAUCUCUUCUGUGUCAACCCUGAGACAGAAGGCCUGGAGAACAAGAAUGUCAACAUCAACAUAGAGGGCACUGCGACUCCUGAGUUUAGGAGGCCACCCAAACGUGUCAGGAUAUCCGUCGUGGAUGACUUCGAUGUGGAUGAUGACAUGACCAUCAGAGAGAUUGCAGAGUGGGAGGAGAACCAGCUUGACGAGCAGGUGAACUUUGACAACUGCAAGAUCGACCCCGCCCCCUUCCAACUGGUGGAGCGCACCUCACUACAUAAGACCCACACCAUCUUCUCUCUGCUUGGGUUGGACCAUGCCUAUGUCACCAGCAUCGGACGACUCAUUGGAGUGGUGUCCCUCAAAGAGCUGCGGAAGGCCAUCGAGGGUUCUGUGGCGGUGAAGGGGGUGAAGGUGCGCCCCCCUCUGUCCAGUUUCCGGGACAGCGGCACCAGCGGCACCAGCAGCAGCAAUAGUGAGAACGAAGCCACAGAGCUCCACAAGCUGUGGGACCGCCACAAGUCCAUGUCCCUCCCCCGGGAGCACCUGGCCUCCGACUCUGAUGAGAAGUCCCAGUGAGGGGGAUGGGGACAGGGGGAUGUUGACAGGGGGAUGAGGAUGGUGACAGGGGGAUGGGGACAGGUGGAUGGGAUGGUGACGGGUGUGUUGGAGGAUAGAGGAGUAUGAGGAGCAUAGAUCCCCCACCCCGCCUCAAAACCACAACCGAUGCUGCAACCUCAGGGCUUGGAUCAAUACUAAAUUCUGGAAAAUCUCUCCUCCUCCUCUCCUAACCUUCCUCUCCAUUCCUCUCUUCCUCUUCCUCUCUCUCCUUUACCCCUCCUCCCAGUGGGCUUUUGGGCCCUGCACUUACUCAACUCUUGAUGCUGAGGGAUGGACUCUGCUCCUGCCCCAACCAGAACAGAAGAGAUCUGGGUGUUAGGGAGGGGAGAGGAGUGUCACUGCUUAACAAAGGUGGUCAGAACAAAAUGUAUAGAAUGUGGUUUGACUAUAAAAGGGAUUGCAUUUUUAUUAUUUUUUAUAGCGACUUGGGUAUUGGUGAGGAAAUGUUCAAAGUUUGUUUUCAUUUUGUGGACCAGUAAACAUUUCUUUCUGACCAGUCUUCCAUAUACAGACGGUUCUACGGUGAUAAGAAGAUAGGCUUGUGUACCGGUAAGGAUGUGAGUGUGUGUAUUGAUGCAUGGACCUAUUGGUUUGUAUGUAUUUACACGAAGAAGGUAGCGAAACAAACCACCUGCUUUAAUUCCUUUGUGAUUUGAAUCUUCUUAUCAGACACAUUUCAGUCUUAUCAUUCCAGCUCUGUUCUACUUUGUUCCCAUCUGGUUGAGUGACCUGGAACUGGAAAUAAGUAUGGAGGUAGCCUAGCGGUUAGAGCGUUGUGCUAGUGACCGAAACGUCGCUGGUUCAAAUACCCGAGCCGACAGGGUGAAACAUCUGUCUGUGCCCUUGAGCAAGACACUUAACCCUACUUUUCUCCCAGGGUACUGUACUACUAUGGCUGACCCGGUAAAACAACACAUUUCACUCUACCUAUCCAGUGUAUGGGACGAUGCAACAGCUUUAUUUUUGUUUUAUUUUUUGUCCUUGCUUCUAUAGAAAGAACCACAUACUGUUCUGGUCAUUGGGAAACAUAUUCACCACUCGCUCUCUCUCUCGCUCUCUCUCUCUCUCGGUCUCUCUCUCUCUAUCCCUCUACUUUUUUCUGUGUUGCAUUUGUGAGUGAGUCUGGGUGAGAGAAUAGUCUACUCUAUGCAAACAGAUGUACAGUAUGUAUGUAGAAAUUCUGUAGAAUGGUGAAAGCAUGUGUAAACACAUUACCUUUCAGCAUGCUUUAACAUACGUGCUAACAUACGUACAGUAUGUAUGUAGGAAUUCUGUAGAAUGGUGAAAGCAUGUGUAAACACAUUACCUUUCAGCAUGCUUUAACAUACGUGUUAACUCCUUUAAGAAAACACGGCUUCAAACACACACAUACACACACACAGGUUUUAAUAAGAGCCAGUCUGCACACUCCAAGAGAAGAGGGUUUUCUCUAAAUAUAGCUCUUAAUAACCCUGACUGAGUGUGUUGGGCUAGGGAGGGAGGGAGGGAGGAAGAGAGGAAAAAGGAACGGGUGAAGAGAGAGUGAAUGGACGGCUGAAAGAUGACAGGAUGAAAGCUUUUCAGUUAUCUAAUCUCCUGCUUUAGGGUGUUUUUCUUCAAUCAAACCCAGGGUAGCUUUCUGGUUGGCCAACUUCACAUCCCCGCUGUAUAUGUCCAUUGUCCAGUAACACUAGGAUGAUCAGAGUAGGGUCAGACCCAGACCACAUAUAGCCAGUUUGAUUAAUGCUGUAAGGUAGCCAACUGACUGAAACUAGAUAUCUGAACUAACUGUCCAAUGACAAACACUAUAGCCCAUCCAUACUGACCAAUAAGAAACCAUCAGCAUUACCGAUCAGUGUUCUAUACAUAACCAAUGAUAAAGCACUCCAUUCCUGCUACAGUAUGACUUAUCAAUAGGCCUACUGAUGUAUAGAGCAGCCUAGAGAAGGUCUAGUUAGAGGGUUAGUCUGACCUCUGUGCUUUUUACUUAUUCAUGUAUUUUCCUCACGACAGUCUCUGGCUUAAUGUGCUGCAUGGUUUCCUUAGUCAUUUGAAUGUAUUUAACUUUUAAUUAUGUUUCGCUUGGUGAAAGACGCUCCAUACUGCACAAGCCCAGUGUGCAGCUUCCAAUCAGAUCUCACACACUCCCUCAAUGAAUUGUGGGUCAAAAUAUAUAUAUACAGUAUAUAUAUAUAUUUUGUUAGUUUGGCAACUAGUCGUUUUCUUUCCGUCUUUCUUGCUCUCUCGCUCUUUCUCUCUCUCUCUAUGAUUGAUUAUCAGGCAGGGUUCAUUUUGUGUCAUCUUUCUUCCUCUCUACUUUGUAAUGUUUGCACUGAAAGGCCUGAUGCCUCUGAAAAGGACUGAGCAGAGUCACUUCCUGUGUCAAACACUUCUUCCACCUGCAGUUGUUGUUAUUUUGAUUUUACUGCUGUUUUCUGCCAGCGACGUCAAGAUUUCUCCUCACAUAUGCAAGCUGAGUGCAUCUGACUGGUUAUACACAUUCAGGUGCCUUAUUCAGUGCCACAUUGAACAAAGUACACACACACACAUACACACAUACUGACAUUUCAACCACCUGGAUGUGUUAUUGCAUGAAAAGGUUUUAUUUUCAUAAAAGAAAAGACACACACUAACCUCUUCAGACUGACAUGUCCAUCCUCACAUGCCGAGAUAGGCACUCACACACCUUGAGUGACAGCAUGGCUUUGCAUGAAGGAGUGCAUGUGACUUUGAAGGCUGUGUUUUUAUAUUGUUAGAAUUAUGACCAGAAAAAGAUUGAAAAUAUGAUGAGAAAUAUGCUCUUGUGUAUAUCAUUUUAAUGGACAAUGUCAUGAUGAUGAUGAUGGCUAUUUGUUAAAUAUGUUGUUUUUAUCCUACUUUAUUUAGUCUUUCUCAUUGAAUUAAUUUUGAUCUAGGUUUGAUUGGCAUCAUGCAUUCAUACAAUGAGCGUUAUUCUUGACUUAUUUUGGGAAAGGGGACAGGGCUUUUUGGGGAUGCGUGAAUUUAAAACUUUGCUAUAGGUUUACAGAUGUAAUAUAUUUAACAUAUCAUGGCUGUAAUAUAUGAUCAUUGCUAUCUAUCAAGUUGCUUUUCCUGCAACUCCUUUUAGUUUUUGUUGCAUAUUGCUCUUCCAUGUCUGAUUGUUAUAAAAAGGUCCAAUGCUCAAUGUUUUUCCAGCCUUGCAGCAUGUCCCCAACAUUUCUACAUUGUUUAUAUAUGUAAUUUGUAUAAUGCAAGUAACACUAUAACGCUAGCAGAAUGAGACCCACUCCCUGAAGUAGCAGGCACAUUUAAGGAAUGUUUAAAGUACCCAUGGGUGUUCUAAUGCCCUGUGGUCCGUAUGACAUUAUCAUUUCACAAGUGCCUACAUCAUCUCAGGCCUCUGCAUGGUAACAGGGGUAGGAUAGCUUCUCUCUGUAAAUUAAUGUGAUACAUUUAAGGGAUAGUAAUGUCUACCCAUGUCUCUGCAUUUGAUAGUAGUCAUUCACACACACACACACACACACACACACACACACACACACACACACACACACACACACACACACACACACACACACACACACACACACUAAAGACAUACACACACAGAGGAGGAUAAUGUGUCAGUGCAGCGUGCAAUUAUCCCUAAUCACCACGGCAACUCGCCGUUGUCAUUCCCCAAGCUAGUUGAAGGGACCAGUGAAAAUACACACGUUUGAUUUGCUUUAGUUUUCAUUAUUUUGUGUUUCUCUGAAGUCACUCUCCUUAUUUUCCCUGUCCUUUCUUUAUGACAUCUCAUUUGCUACCAGAUAGAUAUAGUAGGGCAGGUACAUAUUUAUUAAUAGGUUUUAAUCAAAAUAGAAGAAGAACCUGUGAUUUGUUUUUUAUUAUUUCUAUUUGAAUUAUUAGGUAAUCAACUUGUGCAAUAACGAUUGUUCAUCUCACUUUCUAACCAGAUUUUAAUCUAUGACUUGACAUGAAUGCGAGAACCUUAUUUUUGUAAAGAAAAUGAAAAAUGUAAAACAAUAUGUAUGUAUAAGAGGGAAACUAAUGAACGCACAGGUGUGCGUGUGUAGACCUAAGGAAAGAAGGAUGGUGUGUGUGUGUGUGGGAUGACACGCACACACUGUCUGUUUGGUCCCAGGCCAUUUCUGGAUUCUGCUGCUUGUACUGUAGCUGUCUGACUCUGGACUGUAUGAUGUGUUAUAGGCCCAUUACGGAAACCCAUUGGGGUCAAACCAGACAGAGCUUAACAAGUCCAGUGCUAUUUUUCACAAGAACAAAUAAAACAAUGUUUUGUAUAUCAGGGAUGAAUAAAGAGAUUUUAACAAA